CAACCGCCAAAAUCGGCCGUUUUCUCUCGCGACCAACUUUUGGUGAUUCCUCUACAGGUCCCUAGGAUGUUGAAGGCUAUUUAAUGGAGAUGUUACUUGAAGCAGUUAAUAAGUAUCGUACUCUCUUAUUUGUAUGGCAAAUUACAAACCUAUUCGAAGAUUCUAGUAUGAUCUUUAUUUAAACCGGUAAUUUUGGAUGAUAAAAGUCUUCCCGAAAACACGAGACAUAUUUAUAACUGUAUCUUACCAUAAUAUUUCGAGUGUCUUGAUACCUUGCUCUUUUAAGUAACAUCUUUACUAAAUAACAUUAAAGAUCCUAGUGGCCUGUACCGUCGACUGCCUGUGCACGAAAUCGAACCCUUCUUUCCUUUCAAAACGGUUCUGCGUUCUGCCCAGAGCAAUAAUCCUGAACGAUUUGAAGUCCUGGUAUCCAAGGGGAAUCCGCUCCUUCUACCAGUAACGGCAACAACUAUUUUAUCAGCAAAAAGGUGGCCCCAAGACGGUCUGGGAAAACGUUGGAAACCACUUGCCAUAAGUAUGAGGAACAUCAAGACAGAGAUUAUCAACACGACGAAGCAAGUCGGCGAUCUAGUCGACUGGCUCAUCUUGCGCCAUUCACCGCCAGAGCCGUACGAGCCAACCAUGUACAUCGAUCUCGAAGGCGUAAACCUCUGCCGUGAGGGCUCACUUUCCAUCCUCACCCUUUUGAUCGAUACAGGUAUCCCGACCAAACGCGUCUGUCUUAUCGAUGUAUAUUCGCUAGGUUCACAAGCGUUCAACACCACUGGCAUCAAAGGGAAGACGCUAAAGGAUAUCCUUCAAGACGAAAAGAUCCCGAAGGUCUUUUUCGACGUUCGUAACGAUUCGGAUGCUUUAUUUGCACAUUUUGGCGUGGCACUACAAGGGGUGGAGGAUGUUCAGCUUAUGGAGAGCGCUACGAGGACGACCACGAGUUCCAGAAAGUAUUUGAACGGCCUAGCCAAGUGUAUUGAGAAAAGUGUGCUGCAUGGCAGCGACCUAAGGAGCUGGAAGCUGGUAAAAGAGAAAGUAGGGCAAUCGUUCAAGGCUGAAUCUGGCGGUUCCUACAAGGUUUUCGAACAGCGCCCAAUCCCAACCGAAAUCAUCUCUUACUGUGUUGGUGAUGUCCAGUAUCUUCCUCAAUUGUGGAGGAGAUUCCGGUCGAAUACAAAUAGGUGGCGAGACUUGGUUAACAAGGAAACCAAGAAGCGCGUCGAGGCGUCUCAGAAACCGGAGUACCAGCCCCACGGCCCAGGUAGGACGUUAGCUCCGUGGAGCGAAGACCAGAAUAGGACUUUGGAUAAGUGGAGUGGCGUCCCUCCUUCUCGUGAUGACUUCGAUGAAGACGACGGCUGGAUUGACAACGACUGGGUUGACGACGACUGGAUUGACGACGGCCCGACCAGCUGCAGGGACAUUAUCGACGAUUGUGACUACUACUUGUACUAUUCCGACUAAGCUUUUAUGAACUGGAUACUAAAGCAAGGGCACAAUGAAGAGCGCAACCGCGGGCACAAUGAUGACGGGCACAAUGAUGACGGGCAUAACGAUGGUGAGCACAACGAUGGUGAGCACAACGAAGCACAUUAGCGGGCACGACGAUACCAGGCAUCAGCCCUCAGCUGUCACAGGGCAUAGCAUA